AUGGUGAAUGGGACGGAAUGCGUCAGACGUACCGUUCUGAAGGAGCUAAGAACUAAAGACAUGGAUCCUAUUCCUGCCCAAGGCGAUGGUUGUCAAGAUGACACAUGUGAAGUGUACAAGUCAUGCCCAAAACUGCUGAGACGGUUGUGGAAACUAUUGAAGGUGGUCUGGCGUAAAGGAGAUGUACCUGUGGAGUGGCAGCGAGCAGAAGGCAUCUUCGUCCCAAAGGAGGAGGUUUCCAAGGAUAUUGGACAGUUCCGGACAAUAUCAUUGUUGAAUGUGGAGGGCAAGAUCUUCAUGUCAGUGGUUGCCAGGCGUCUUACAACAUUCAUGACCAGUAAUGGGUACAUUGACACAUCAGCACAGAAGGGAGGUGUUCCAGGAUUCUCUGGCUGCAUUGAACACACAUGCGCUAUUAGCCAGUUAAUCAGGGAAGCUAAGAUCAACAAGACAGAUCUCACAGUUGUAUGGCUGGAUCUAGCAAAUGCGUAUGGCACGGUACCCCACCAGGUAAUAGAGUUUGCUCUGAAACACCACCAUGUACCAGAACAUAUUCAGAGCAUUGUCAGAAGCUACUACAGAAACAUCAACAUGCGCUUCACAACAAAGAACUUUACAACAUCCUGGAUACAGUUUCAGGAGGGGAUUGUAACCGGCUGCACAGUGUCAGUAGUACUGUUUAUCCCCGCUAUGAAUCUCAUCAUCAAAGACGGAGACAGGGAGUCAAGGGGACCGAAGACCCAGACAGAUAUCAGACUUCCACCACAGAGGGGAUUUAUGGAUGAUCUGACUAUCACAACAGAGUCCCACAUACAAGCUCGAUGGAUCCUAUCAGCCCUUGAAGAUGUUGUGUCAUGGGCUAGAAUGGCCUUCAAACCAAGGAAGUCAAGAUUUCUUAUCUUGAGAAGAGGUAAAGUCUGGCAGAAGACAACACUCAGGGUACAGGGCGAGGAUAUCCCAUCACUUAUUGACAACCCCGUCAAGUGCUUGGGUAAAUGGUUUGACACCACACUAGGUGAUAGCAGAAAUAACACAGAGCGCAUCAGGCAGCAACUGAGGAAUGGGCUUGCAAAGAUAGAGGGAACAGGCCUACCAGGGAAGUUCAAGGCAUGGCUUUUCCAGCAUGGCCUCCUGCCCCGUCUUCUGUGGCCACUAAUGUUGUAUGAGAUCCCAACAUCGACGGUUGAUAGCUUGGAAAGCAUGAUAAACAAGAGCCUGAGACGAUGGUUCGGACUUCCAUCAUGUAUGACAAAGGAGUACAAAGUUAGUAAGGCAAGGCUAGUGUUGACCCUACGAGACUCUAGUGACAUGAGCAUUAGAAAUGCAGGGAUAGAGGUCAGAACUGGAAGAAGAUGGUCAGCAUCGAAUGCAGUUGAGCAGGCAGAGAGUCGACUGAGACAUCAAGACAUAGUGGGAACAAGUUGUCAAGGUAGACAGGGACUCGGCUUGAACACUAGACAACCGUGGAGUUCAGCCACAACAGUCCAAAGAAGAGAACUUGUUCAGAGCGAAAUCCGAAAGGAAGAAGAAGAGAUAAGAAAGGUGAAAGCAGUCCAGAUGGGGAGCCAGGGAAGCUGGACAAAGUGGCAGACAACAGGGAGGAAACUGUCAUGGACAGAUAUCUGGAAGUACCAGUUUUUUCAACUGCAGUUCCUGAUCCGGGCAGUUUAUGAUGUCUUGCCAACACCGGCGAAUCUCCAGAGAUGGGGGCUGAUAGAAACAGCAGAAUGCACCCUAUGUGGAGGAAGAGCUACCCUGGACCACAUCUUGUCCUCGUGUAAGGAAGCACUUGCCCAGGGGAGAUACCGCUGGAGACAUGACCAGGUACUCCGAGAGGUAGCGGAUACACUUGAGAGACACAAGAAGAAGGCACGAGUACAUGCAGGGGCAAAGCACAUCAACUUUGUACCAGCAGGGACAGUAAUGAAGGGUACAAAGGGAGGACAUCCGAGUAUCCUAGACGGCACAAAUGACUGGGAACUACGGGCAGAUCUUAUGAAACAGCUGCAGUUUCCAGACAUUGUCCACACUACCCUACGCCCAGACAUUGUGAUGGUCUCCGGAAAGACAAAGAAGAUCAUCCUGGUAGAGCUGACUGUCCCGUGGGAAGAAAGAUGUACUCAGGCACAUGAGAGAAAGAAGGCCAAGUACGAAGAUCUCGUCCAGGAAUGUAGAGAGGCCGGGUGGAGAGCAUGGAACUACCCGAUUGAAGUGGGAUGCAGAGGGUUUCCUGCACCAUCGCUGGGAAAGAUGUUCCAGGAUAUGGGAAUAGAGGGACAGGCGAGAAAGCUGGCCAUUAAGAAGGUAUCACAGGCAGCAGAAAGAAGCUCCAGCUGGCUGUGGCUAAGGAGGAACGCCAGUAGCUGGAAGUCAUCCACUAAUGGGUAG